AUGCUGCCUUACCUGUUCCCUGACCUGUCCACCUUUGCUACAGUCGCCGAUCUUAUCACCCACCUUCGCACUAGUGAUGCUCGCCUGCGUGCCGCCCUUCCCACCGAGUUCUGCGCUAAGCACCCCCCUCCACUGUACUGGACACUCCACUUCAUAGUCACCCGUCUCCCUGACACCCUCAGCUCAGUUCGAGACCACUUCCUUGCUCGCUGUCCCACUGAGCUCACAGUCGCCCUCCUAGAGGAGAAGCUGCUAGCGGCCGAGAAGACCAUUGUAGCUGUCGGUGCUGCUCGUGGCGCUCCUCGCACCCCCAUCUUUGAGGGGUGUUCUCCCUCUCCCCUCGCUCCCUCCUACGCUACUGCUGCUGCUGUUGACUUCCUUGGUGCUGAGUCUGCUGGCGCUGCUUCUGCUCCUAGUGGGAGGCGCCGCACCGGCAAGGGCAAGGGGGGCAAGGGUGGCGGGGGUGGCGCUGGGGGGGGAGGAGGUGGGGGAGGUGGGGGGGGAGGCGGUGCUGGAGGGAGCGGUGGCGGGAGUGCUGGUGGGAGUGGGGUCGGCAGCGGAGGCGGGGGCGGCGGAGGGAGCAGUGGCGGCGGUGGCGGCGGUGGCGGUGGCGGCGGUGGCGGUCGGAGCGGAAGUAGUGGUGGCGGAGGCACUGGCUCGGGCCAGAGCUCCCAGCAGCAGCAGCGUCCCCAGACGACCCUGCAGCUUCCCCAGACGACCCAGCAGCUUCGUGCUCAGCGUGGGACGUCGGGGGGCAGUGUCCGCUGUUCCUAUGUCAUUCGCACAGGUGACCGCAAGGGACAGACGUGUGGGAAGUUCCACACCCCGUACCGCUGCUUCUCCCGCCUUGACGACGCUUGGCGUGAGGAGAUGGGCGAGGAUGUUGAGCGCCCCCGCUGGGCGGAGCUGAUGAGGGCUGGUGUUGAUAUCUUUGCUCUUGACUAUGAUGCUAUUAUUGCUGCCAUUCCUUGCACGGUCCACCACUGUGCUCCCGUGUCCAGCGGUUCCGUCUGGCUCGUUGUCGGGUUUCCACCUCCCCUCGUUCUCGACGAACCUGGUGAGCAACGCUGUCAUCCAGGAUCAGUGGGUUGA